AUGGAAGAAUCAAACCAUAAAAUUAAUAAAUUGUUUUUUUCCGUAUGGAGGAAUUUAUUUCUUAGAUCACAAAUUUCUAAUCAUUUAAAAUUAUUUAUUUCUAGCAAUCAAAAAUUUACAAAAAAGAGUGAAUUUUUAGAAUAUCCUAAAAGGAACUAUUUAAUAGAUGUGUCAAUAGAUUUUGAUGAAGAGUUAAACGAAGGUGAUAUUCCCGAUUCAAUUAAAACUUUAUCAUUUGGGGCCCACUAUAAUAAACCACUUAAAAAAGAUGUUAUCCCAUUAUCAGUUAAAACUCUAACAUUUGGUUAUUUUUUCAACCAACCGCUUAAAGAAGGGGACAUACCACCAUCGGUUAAGGCAGUAACGUUUAUUUAUGCAUUUAACCAACCACUAAAGGCUGGUCACUUACCAACAUCAGUAAAAUAUUUGUCAUUAAGUGUGAAGUUCAAUCAAGAGAUUAAUAAAGGUGAUUUACCACAUUCAAUUAAAACGCUAACAUUCGGUAAUCUUUUUAAUCAACCACUCAAAGAGGGAGAUAUACCACCAUCGGUAGAGAUUCUAGCAUUUGGUAAUGCAUUCGAUCAACCUCUUAAUCCUAAGGCUAUGCCACAGUCAGUAAAGGUAUUGACAUUAGGGGAAUACUUUACCCAAGAGCUUAACGAGGGGUCCAUUCCACCAUCGGUGGAGAUAUUAAAGUUUGGCCAUUUUUUUAACAAUCCUCUUAAAGAAGGUGUUAUACCGCCAUCAGUAAGCGAGUUAGUAUUUGGUCAUUCUUAUAAUCAACCUCUUAAGGAGGGAGUUAUUCCGCAUUCAGUUAAAUCACUAACGUUUGGUUAUGAUUUCGAUCAACCACUCAAGAAGGGUGACAUUCCACAAUCUGUAAAGUCAUUAACAUUUAUUUAUAAAUUUAACCAACCACUAAAGGCGGGUGAUAUCCCAUCAUCAGUUGAAAUACUAGAGUUUGGUAAUAAUUUUAAACAAGAGCUAAAAAAAGAUGAUAUACCAUCAUCGGUAAGGGUUUUAACAUUU